CUCAUAAAUAGUCUCCACCAUUAUCUCGUUUGAGGAUCGACGCGAGACAAGGUUGAGAUACGCCGAUCGCUGGUUACACCGUGUCCGUGGCAAUAACACGAGCCGAUCGACCUGCCAUCCUGCUAUUUAUUUCUUUCGAUCAUCCGGACAUAACAGCAGUGCAUUAAUACUGCUUGAUUCAAACUGAAAAUGGGCCUUGACUAUCUGCUGGUCCACGCCAAAUACAACAUCCCACUCUCCGUGGUGAUGACCAGUGCCUACUGGCCUUUUUUCACAAAGAUAGACCGAUACAGAAUAUGGACUCUUGUAACGAUCGCCGUCGUCUCAACUAUACCCUGGGACUCGUAUCUUAUCGUGAAUAGCAUCUGGACAUACCCACCCGAUGCAGUCAUCGGACCAACACUAUGGUCUAUUCCACUAGAAGAGGUCUUUUUCUUCAUCAUCCAGACGUAUAACACGAGUCUGCUAUAUAUCAUGUUGACGAAGCGACUCGUCCUGCCCAUGUAUCUCGGUGUGCCAAAGUGUUUGAAUACAAAGCGGAAUAUAGGCACUUUGACAAUACUUACGGGUUCCUGCUUGGGGAUAGCUGGUAUAUACUAUGGGGAGAAAUAUACAUACAUAGGUCUCAUUCUGGCCUGGGUAUGUCCGUUUAUGCUGCUUCAAUGGGUCAUCGCCUACCGAUUCAUGCUUCAGCUUCCACGAAGAGAGAUUCUGGUCUGUAUCUUCCUACCAACCUUCUAUCUGUGGGCCGUGGAUACCAUCGCAUUAGGCAAUGGAACUUGGGUUAUUGAAGAUGACACAAAGUUAAACAUUCAGCUGUGGGGGCGAUUGGAUAUAGAGUAUGUUUCACCUUCUCUAAUAAAUACCGCUAAUGAGAGCAGAGAGGCACUCUUCUUCCUAGUCACCAACGUAAUGAUCAUCCUGGGACAGAUGGCCAUCGAUAACGCAGUUGCGCUGGCUACGUAUAAAGUGGCUAUUUCGGAAUUGGCAUCUUUCCCCUCAUUUGGUGAGCUGAUAGCAUUGUAUAUCCGAGAGAGAAGCGCAAAGGUCGAUGAGGAUUUCGUUGAUGGACUGAGUGAUGCUGUACAGCGACUCGCACAGAAGAGUCAGAGUAUGUACAUGGGCAGUGCCAUGUUCCAGGGACAGCUUCGGAUUGAUUUGAUCUUCUUGUAUUCAUUCUGCCGCGUGAUGGACGAUCUGGUGGAUGAAGCACCGAAUCGGGAGACGGCAAACCGCACCAUUCGGGAAUGCAAUGUCUUGUUGAAGAAAAGGUUCUGUGGUGAUAUCUCGAAAGAAAAACAUACAGAGCCUUCGCUCGUGGCUGCCAUUCAGCAUCUUCCUAUAAACAGACUAUCCAUCGAGCCAUUGCAAGGCCUCUUGGAAGGAUUCGAAACCGAUCUCAACUUCGAUGCCGAAAGAGACGAAUUCCCCAUAUCAACUGAAGAAGAUCUAGAGAAAUAUGCCUUCCACGUCGCAGGAACAGUUGCAGAAUCCAUGGUCCAGUUGAUCCUCAGCAACAUACACACCUCGCUUCAGGAUGAAGCCGACAAAGACAGGAUUAUAAGAGCAGCAACUAAAAUGGGACAGGCAUUGCAAUACGUGAAUAUCGUGCGUGAUGUUGCUCGUGAUGCAGAGAUCAACCGAGUAUACAUACCCACAACCUGGCUGAAAGAGGCAGGAAUGACGCCUUCGCAUGUUAUUGCUCAUCCUACUGAUCCAAGACUACAUUCUCUGAAGAUGAGGUUGCUGGAUAAGGCAGAUGAAUGCCACGAUUCAACGGAAAUGGUUAUUAGGGAGCUACCCCGCGAGGUUCAAGGACCAAUUCGAGUGACUGUGGAAGGAUAUAUGGAGAUUGGCAAGAUGCUGCGUGAGACAGGUGCGACAGUGGGAACUGAGAAGCCAAAGGUGUCGCUGUGGAGGAGAUUGAGGGUUGCGUAUAGAGCAGUGUCUGCGUAGAGAAGCUAUAUCCUGCAGAAUAUUAUUAGGAUUGCGUUGUCUUAACUUAAGUCUACCGUGGUCGC